AUGACCCUAACGGGUGCACCUAGAGAGCGCAUCGCAGUCGCGUGCGACCGCUGCCGUUCUCGCAAGAUGAAAUGCGACGGGGCUCAGCCCUCGUGCAGUAAUUGCCAGCGGGCGGCGCACCAGGGUGUGGUAUGCCAGUACCAGCCUGAGCCAGGGCGACGG